UGCAGGAUUCUCUCACUCUUUCGCCUAACUAAAUAAAUAAAAUCGCAAGUGAAUCUCUUAAUUCAUAAUUAGCUCUUAAUCUAAUCCAUUUCUAACCCGAUUUUCCUCAACUAAUUACACUCUCUUAUCCAUAAUCCCUUUCUAUAUAAUCCCCUCAUCCUCCGACGCUUUUGCACACUGACCAACAGUUUUCCAUAUACGCAAGAAGAGAAGAGCUCUUAUGUCUCCCUCCAAUGGCGGCAACAGAGGCGGCGGAGGAGUCGCCGGAUUCCUCCUCCAGGUCCUCCGUGGGCGGUGGUUCAUGAUGUUCGCCUCCUUCCUCAUCAUGGCCGGUGCCGGAGCAACCUACCUCUUUGGUGUGUACUCCAAAGACAUCAAAGCCACUCUUGGCUACGACCAAUCCACUCUGAAUCUCCUCAGUACCUUCAAGGACCUCGGAGCCAACGUCGGUGUCCUCUCCGGCCUCCUCGCUGAGGUCACUCCGACGUGGUUCGUCCUCCUCGUCGGUUCCGCCAUGAACUUCGGCGGCUACUUCCUCAUCUAUCUCUCUGUCACCGGCAAAAUCCCUAACCCUAAGAUCUGGCAAAUGUGUAUGUUCAUCUGUAUCGGCGCCAAUUCCCAGAACUUCGCCAACACUGGAGCUCUCGUCACCUGCGUGAAGAAUUUCCCAGAGAGCCGAGGUAUGAUGCUUGGUCUCAUGAAAGGAUUUGUCGGUCUCAGCGGUGCUGUGUUCAAUCAGCUCUAUUUCUCGAUCUACCGUGACGAUUCGAAGUCUCUGAUCCUCCUCAUCGCUUGGCUCCCUGCGGCGAUCUCUGUGGUGUUCGUGUACACGAUCCGAGCCAUGAAGAUUUCGUCUCAUCCCAACGAGCUCAAGGUGUUUUACCAGUAUCUGUGGAUCUCCAUCGUUCUCGCUCUCACUCUCAUGGCUUUGACAGUUGCUCAGAAGCUCUGCAAAUUCUCCCACAUCGGCUACGUCGCGUCCACAAUCGCGGUCUGCGUUUUGCUUUUCACGCCGCUCAUAAUCGCGUUUCGGGAGGAGUACGCCACGUGGAAGGCCAAGAAACACGACGCAACCGCCGUCGCCGUAACCGUCGGGAAGGUCGACGUCGUCGUCGAGGACAAAAACGUCAUUUCCCAUAACAAGGACGGGAACGAAACGGAGAUCGUGGAGGACAAAACGGUAAUUUCCGAUACGACGGCGACGGAGGACAAAAUCGUAAAUAAAGACGUCCCCUGCUGCGGGAACAUCUGCAGACCACCGAAGAGAGGAGAGGACUACGGAAUCUUACAAGCUUUGCUCAGCGUCGACAUGAUCAUCCUCUUCAUCGGGACAUUCUGCGGAUUGGGUUGCAGCUUGACGGCAAUGGACAACCUGGGUCAGAUCGGUGAGUCACUCGGAUACCCACAACUCGCCAUCAGCACCUUCGUCUCUCUCACCAGCAUAUGGAACUACUUCGGCAGAGUCUUCGCCGGAUUCAUCUCCGAGAUCAUCCUCGUCAGGUACAAAAUCCCAAGACCCUUGAUAAUGGCUCUUGCCCUCGCUCUCUCCGCCGUCAGCGACAUCAUCGUCGCCUACCCGUUCCCUGGUUCGGUGUACUUAGCCUCUGUUCUGAUCGGAUUCACGUACGGAGCCCAGUUAACGCUUCUCUUCACCAUAAUCUCCGAGCUCUUCGGGCUCAAGUACUUCUCCACUCUCUUCAAUUGCGGACAACUGGCGAGCCCGAUCGGUUCGUACGUGUUCAACGUGAAGGUUGUCGGGAAACUGUACGAUGUGGCGGCGAUGAAGCAGUUGGCGGCGAGAGGGAUGAGGAGAGAGAUGGUGAAGGAGUUGACUUGCGUAGGGAAUGACUGCUACAAGCUCUCGUUCUCGAUUCUCGCGGCGACGAACGUGGUCGGAGCGAUCGUGUUGAUGGUUCUCGUCCUCAGAACGAGGAAGUUCUACAGAGGUGACAUUUACAAGAAGUUUAGGGAUGAAAUGGCUGCCAAUGGACGGGAACUUGCUUUGUCCGGUCAACAAAAUAAUUAGAUUUUCUUUUUCUUUUCUUUUUUCAUUUUAUUUUAGUUAAUUCCAAUUUGCGUAAUCCCGUUAGUAAAUAAUCAAAAUUUUCCAUUUUUGUAGUCAUAAUUCAAUCUCCAAUGUAUUACCACAAUUACCCUUAUACCCUUGCGCCUCCCUCCACACUCGGCAUAUGAUAUA